UUAUAAAUUACGCGCGGAGAGGCACAGCGACACACGGACAACCGGGGUCAUUUCGCUAAAAUACAAGCCCACGACUACCGCCAACAGCUACACCAACAGAUCAUAUAGUCAAACGAACGUACAUUUUCUUCAUAUAAGUAUUUCGUUCCUUUUUUAAGGUACACUCAGGGCGCACAAUGGCAGAAAAUAUAGACAUGGAGGGGAAGGCAUCCAACGGAGAAGCACAUCUUGAUGAGCCAGUAGCCAACGGACUCCGCCACAAGAAGUGUUCCAACGAGACAACCGUGGAGAAAAUAAAGAGGUUAGUCAUGGCCAACUUGCUAGUGAUUCUCACCGUGGCCGGGGUGAUCAUCGGGGUGUUCAUCGGACUUGGCGUGCGCCACAUGGAGCUGAGCAGGACACAGAUCCUCUACGUGGGCUUCCCCGGCGAGCUGCUCAUCCGGCUGUUGAAAAUGAUCAUCAUCCCCCUGGUCGUGUGCAGCCUGGUGUCCGGGGCGGCCAGCAUCGACCCCAAAGCCCUGGGCAAGCUGGGCGGCUGGGCGAUGAUUUUCUUUUUGGUCACCACUUUAAUUGCAUCAGCCAUCGGGGUGAUCAUGGCGUUCAUCAUCUCCCCCGGAUCAAACACCGGCUCCAAGCCGAUUUUAUCGGAUGACGGCGAGCUGCCCCAGGCCAAAGAAGUGGUGGACUCCUUCUUGGACCUGAUCAGAAACAUCUUCCCCUCCAACUUGGUGUCUGCUGCCUUUCAGUCUUACGCUACCAGUUACAAGUUUGUGACCAAGAAUGGCUCUAAUGGCUUGCCCAGCAUCACAGCUGAGAAGGUUCCCUUUGGCACGGACCAGGACGGUAUGAACAUCCUAGGACUGGUGGUGUUUGCCAUAGUGUUUGGUAUCGCCCUGAGGAAGCUGGGAGAGGAGGGAGAGAUCCUCAUCAAGUUCUUCAACUCCUUCAACGAGGCCACCAUGGUGCUGGUGUCCUGGAUCAUGUGGUAUGCCCCCCUUGGAAUCAUGUUCUUGGUAGCAGGGAAGAUCGUGGAGAUGGAGGACGUGGGCACGCUGUUUGCCAGCCUGGGCAAGUACAUCGCCUGCUGUAUCGUCGGCCACGCCAUCCACGGCCUGCUGGUCCUGCCGGGCAUCUACUUUAUCAUCACCCGCAAGAACCCCUACACCUUCCUGUGGGGCAUCUUCACCGCUCUGGCCACAGGCUUUGGGACCAGCUCCAGCUCUGCCACCCUGCCCCUGAUGAUGAAGUGCGUGGAGGAGAACAAUGGCGUGUCGAAGCACAUCAGUCGUUUCAUCCUGCCCAUCGGGGCCACGGUGAACAUGGACGGUGCAGCGCUCUUCCAGUGUGUGGCGGCCGUCUUCAUCGCUCAGCUCAACAACAUCCCGCUCAACUUCAUCCAAGUCUUCACCAUCCUAGUGACAGCCACAGCGUCCAGUGUGGGAGCAGCAGGGAUCCCCGCGGGGGGCGUGCUGACGCUGGCCAUCAUCCUGGAGGCAGUGGGACUGCCCACCAGCGACAUCUCCCUCAUCCUCGCCGUCGACUGGCUCGUUGACCGUACCUGCACCAUUCUGAACGUGGAGGGCGACGCCUACGGAGCCGGGCUGCUGCAGUGGUACGUGGACCGCUCUGACAAGACCGGGAAGGGGCCGGAGCUAAGCGAGGUAAAGACGGUGGAUGGCACGCCCGCCGUGCCGGAGCACUCGCCCCUCAUCGAGGAGAAGGAGAGCAGGGUUGCGGGCGAGGCGGCGGCGGCGGCUCGCGGCUCUGAGAAAGAGUCGGUCAUGUAGAUGGUUCGCUGCCGGGCCUUUUUAGACUUCCAUUUAAAGACGAUUCCUCUCCUUGUGUCUUCUCUCUUUCUAAGUGAGACUGAGAGAUCCAGGUAGAGGGGGGAUGGGGG